AUACCAUCAGGGAUAGAUAAGAAAGUAGACAAGCAGAGGGGAGGGAAGGGGAUUAGUGGUGCAUCGCUUUAAAGACACAUAUACAUCACAGCCAACGCCACUCUGACCUGCAGCGCAGAGCCCUGCACAGACGAGAAGCACGGCGGGAGCGGGGAGCCAGGAGACAGACCCCGGCGCACAGGGCGGCGUGCUUUGAGGGCCAACGGGUUUGGUUCGGAGAAUUGUUUUAAGAGGCUGUUCUGAAAGGAGAGGAGAACAACCGGCCGUAACCUGGAGGACCCACAGCUCGAGUUCCAACGGGCCCCGCACCAGAGCUUCCCAAUGAGUAUGUCUGGUACUCUGGAGAAGGGGGCUCACCACCAGAACCUGGACCUGUCUGAGGAGGUGCCCCCGCACCACCACUACCACCACCAGCAGCUCCAGCACCACCAGCAGCAGCAACUGGCCCAACUCGGCCACCACCAGCACCACCAGCACUCCAACUCCCUGGCCUCCACCACCGCCGUGGGCAUGGGCGGAGGCUCAGAGACGCCGCCACCGCGCGUGGUGGUGCCUCCGCCCUACUCCGCCGCUGAGAGCGGUGGUGGAGGAGGGAGCGACGCCCCGCUGGAGCUGCGCGGCUCUCUGGACUGCUGGGCGUGCUCCGUGCUGGUGACGGCCCAGAACCUGCUGAUCGCGGCCAUCAACGCCUGCCUGGCCGGGGUGGUGUUUGGCACCAUCCUGACGCCCGCCACCACCAUGGUGGCGUUCGGCUUCCUCUGCCAUUCCACGGUGCGCCCCCACGGGACCUCCCGCUACUGCUCCGACCUGCUGUCUGACGGGGGCUGCGUGGCCCUGCUGGUGGUGGGCUUCCUGCUCGUCACCCCGCUGCUGGUGCUGGCCCUGGCCGCCUACUGCCGCCUGGCCCGCCACCUCCAGCUGGGCCUCUGCUUCAUCCCCUACAGCCGCGCCGUCUACAAGAACCUGCCCGCCACACAGCACCGCGGCCUGGCCCCCGGCUGCUGCUGCCCGGGGGGGGGCCCGCGGGGGGGCUCUGCCAGCGGGAAGGGGAAGGUGUGGGUGUAGCGUCGUGGAG